UAUAAUUGGACAGUACUACUGAUAGAAGGUGAGCACUUACUGAUAGCAGCUCAUAGCAGCCUAUAGAAGGUCAGUACCUAAUGUUAGAACUUAUCAAGGCCGUGCAAGCUAGCGAUCAAACGAGCUAACCGGAGUUUGGCAGAACUUAUUUUGCAUCAUCGGUUACGACAGUGGCGUGUACCGUAAGCAAAGUCUUGGAACGGGCUCUCCACGCCGCCUCUUCAAGUUGUCCUCGCACCAUACGAUCGCAAGGCUUUCCUUGUCUCUACGAAUGAACAAAGGAAUCUGACAUUGUCUGACAAAGUCUGACCACAGAUCCUUGAGGGCGUCUGACGACCAGGUCAUGACCAUGCCCCGAUUCCUAGCUGCGCUGCAAUUGGGCCUCUAUUUCUUUCCUCUCGUCUCCAGUUACACUUGGUCUUUUACUACCACACCCCAGCAAUGUGCCACUUUAUCCUUGCAGAUAUCUGGUUCCGGCUCUCCUCCAUACAGCGUUUUAAUUAUUCCUUACGGUCCAACACCCCUGCCGAACAACACAGAGGUCCGCACCAUCGUGUAUCAACAGUUCGAUGGUGACUCCACCAGUACCAGCUUCCAGCUCAAAUUUCCGUCUACAUCCCAGUUCGUCGCAGUGGUCAGCGAUAGCACUGGAUUUGGAUCUGGUGGCACCAGCGUUGCCGCUUCAGUGAUGAGCAGUACCGACAGCAGCUGCUUCAACCCAAAUCAAACCGUCAUGCCAGAUUUCCCAUUCAACAUAUACCCCACCAACCAGGUCGUUCAAUGCAACGCAAGUAGAUUAUGGUGGGACCCUACUCAAGUCCAAGGCACCCCAUCCUUCCAGGGUGUCAUUCCUGGUGGGCAGUCUUUCUCAAUUCCCGAAGGCCAGAUCACACAGGUAUCCAACGAGGGCACUGGGUUCAGCUGGAUACCCUCUGUCCGUGAGGGCAGCACCCUCAUCGUAGUUGCCGGAGAUGAUCGAGGACUCGGUACGGGAGGAAGCGGGCUAUACACCGUCGCACAAGGCAUAUAUCCCAACAGCUCGUGUUUGACAACCACAUCGCCCUCAUCCACUCUCGGUUCACCCGCAGGUGGUACAUACCCAACUAACGCUAGUGGUGCAGAAACCACAGGUGGCACCAGCAGCAGCAGCAAAACCAAUGUCGGCGCAAUAGUUGGCGGUGUCAUUGGCGGCCUUGCUGCGAUCGUUAUCCUUGCGCUCGCCGGGUUUUACUUCAUCCGCCGUAGAACGGCCGCCACCGCAGCUAAGGAACGUCCUGUUGAUCUCCUCCAAGAAGAUCCAGAAGACGAUCACGAUCCAGCACCAGCUGAACUCGGAAAUUACUACCGUCCCGAACCCUUCCUCGCCACCGAGCCCACAGAAGUAUCCUCCACAUACGCACGCGAGGACGGCAGAGCUGGCACAGUUAUGUCAGGGUCGCGUUACGGCACCCCGGAUCGCAGACAGUCUGGGCUCACGAGCUUUAGCGAUCUGCGUUCUUUGACUCCUGACUAUGAAAUGGGCAUAGCUGGUGGUACUACCAUUCCAAGCAGCUCCCGCCGCAAGUCUCCUAUGCCAAUGCAACUCCGACCUGUAAACAUUAUUCAACACGACGACGCAGGCGUCGCAGACGAGCAGGCUGAGGGCGAGCCAGAGACCGUUGAACUUCCCCCUGCAUACACUAAUAUCCGAAAAACCAGUUGAAUUAUUCGCUUUCGCUUUCGUCGACAUUACUACCGACCUUCCUUCCCUCCUUACACUUUUUGUUCGCACCCUACGUAGUUCAAA